AUGAUGAAAGCAGCGGCGUGGAUCCUGCUCCAAGUCGCACUGGCAUCGGCAACAUUGGAUCUGCAACGGUCUCAAAUAGUCACGCAGGAGACCAGGAUCCACUUAGAGCUGUCGCACACUAGGCGGGCGCAGACUGAAGUAAGCUACUGGCAGGCAAGGAAGAGAGCGCAGAAGGAGCGCGAUGCCUUGCCGGAGUCAGCCUUCACAACGCCGAACACUGACUUGGGCGAAUUCCGUCGAAUCUGGGACUUCUACACGCCCGAUUACAAUUGCCCGCUGCUGAAGGAGCGGGUGGGCCGCCUGGGAGACGGCGGCAAGUGGGUCUGCGGCAUGCGGGCCCUGCUGGAGGACCGACCUUGCAUGAUCUACAGCCUGGGCAGCGCAGGCGACAUCUCCUUCGAGUCAGAACUUCUCAACAGGACAUCCUGCGAGGUGCACACGUUCGAUCCCACCCUCAGCCAGGAGACAGAGGAAACCAUGCUGGCAGCGCUGCCGGACCUGCACUUCCACGCCGUUGGCAUCGGCCGCGGCGGUGGCGGCGCGCCGGAUGAGUCAUUGAAUGACAAAGGCUUCUACGGCAUAGAGCAGGUCAUGGGCGCUCUGUCUCAUGAGUGGCUAGACGUGCUGAAGAUUGACAUUGAGAACCACGAGUGGGACGUGUUUGGGGACUUCUAUGCCACGCCGGGCGCGCGGCUGCCGGCCACGCAGCUUCUCGUCGAGUUCCACUGGCCUGGCAACGCCGAUCGUGUCUGGAAGGUCCUGGAUGCUAUUUUGGCGGACAAGUUCAGGAUCUUCUCAGUGGAGCCGAAUUACUAUUGCGAAGAGGGCGCGUGCGCGAAGAACCUGCUGGAAUUUGCCUUCAUCAAGGUCUCAGAUGACGGCCACGUGUGCUCGCCGCACAGCCACUCCCAUAACACUGGAGGGAAUGCCGCUGUGCUGCUGCCGCAUGGCUGCUGA